AUGUUGAGUUCCUUUCUUUUGUCAUGUCGAAGAGAUACAGAAAGCCAUACAACAACUGAAGAAAUAAAUGAAGAAGAUAAUACUGUAGAAAAUCAGUUGUACCAGAAUUCAAAUGUUCCACCAAAUGAAAAUUCAACCGAACCGGAAAUGCCGUUUCAUGAUAGAACAGUUCAAGAAUAUAUCGAACCAAUCAUUUAUGUUAAUGAUGCAGAUCUUGGUGUUUGUGAGUAUAGAAGUGCUACCAGCAAUGAAAGAAAUACAAACGAGUCAAGUGCAGUUAAAUUACAUGAAUGCACACCAGGUCUACACUAUGCAGAGGUUUUAAUCAAGCCAGUUGAUUCACUGCAAACUAAAAUUCAUGGGAUAGAAAACAGAACAAUUUACACCGGAAUAGAUCAUUCACUGAAAAGAGGGGUAGUACAGUCAGACCAUAGCGAUAGUGAUAGUGAAGAUGAUUUUAUCUUUAUUCAAAACCUUGAUGUCAACAGUCGUAAUUACGAAAACACUUGUCUGUAAUGAAUGACGUCAGAAAAACUGAUACUCUGCUAUUCUUUUAACUCUUACUAUUUAUUGAGGCUUUAUUGAUUUGGUUGACUUAAAAUAAAACAAAGAUGUCAUGAUUUAGUUGAUAAACUAUAAGAACAAAUGCAGUAAGUAUGAUACACCCUGAUGUCGGUUGUAUUUGAAUGGGUUUUUUUUUAGAUUUAUUAUGUACUCGUAUUUGUUUAUAUUUUUUUAAAAUGAAAAGGAUGAAAAUGUAUUUGUCAUAAAUUUAAGAAUAUGAAUAUCCUGUUUUAAAAGAAAAAUAACUUAAACAGCCACACAGAUUUGCUUCAUUUGCGGAAAAAUACUUUAAUACAUUUCAUAUUGAAACGGAAAGAAUCACUAACUUGUUGAAAAGGACGUGCAUAGAUUUCCAAUCUAGGGAAAUCCGUGAAACAGGUACUAGAAGAUAUCCAAAAUAUAAAUGUAGGAUUUGAUUUGAUAAAGUAAGUGAAUAAUGCAUUCCUUGUGAAUGUUUUGAAACAGAUACAUACCAAGUAGUGCUAUUCUCUGCUUAUUUAAUUCCAUAUUUUUAUUAGUAGAGAUCAAUAAGAUAAAAAGAUAGUUUACAUAUUUUCUUCUUUUGAUUCCUUUUUAUUUAUUAAAGCACAUUAAAUACACCACUUAAUUUAUUUCAUAUUUCUAUCUCUAUCUAAAAUGUACUACAAUUUCAUCUUUGCUAUCUGACCAAUAUUUUUUAGGAUGUCAAUAAUCUCAUUGUUUUAUAACCUCGACAAUUUUCUACGAUCGUUUCAGAGACAAAGAAGUUGUGAAAUAUCUAUCAUCUCUCUACAAUAAGUGUAUUGCAGACAAAUCUUCAAAUAGAUUUGUUUUUGUGUGUACUACUACUACUACGAGUGUCUCAUAAAAGAAUUAGAAAUAAAUGAGCACUCAGGUAAUCCCUCAUACAAAAACAUAUCAUUGACAAGGAUGGAAUCAUAAGUCCUUCGUGAUAUCAAUGAACAUGACGUUGAACAGCAAAUCGGAGGACUUUUUAAAUAUUUGUUGUUUUUUUAAAUAUUUGUUUGUUCGCAUUUUGACUAACAAUAUAUGCAGAACCAUGAAUUUUGAGUUAAAUACAGAGUCGUUUUGUUUCAAUUUUUGCAAAUAAAUGCGAUUAAUAAAGCAAAUUUGAAUGAGUUUUUUUAAGGAACAGCUUCGUUCAAACUUCAAAAAAAAUCCUUAGGUAUGUCGCAUA